AGAGCUUGUUAAAGCCUGUGGAUAUGUGAUUGCCCCCGGACUAUGACCACAGGAGGUUCAGGGAACCAGAGAUAUGUUAAAUGGCACCGGGAAGACAGCGGAGAGGACUAUACGAAGACCGAGGUCUACGCCGACGAUGACCAGGGCCAGCCACGCCGGCUGACCCCUUUUGAGAAACUUACUCGGGAUAUGUCCCAGCAUCAGAAGGUGGUGAAAGAAUUAACUCUAGGGAAGAGGAUUGGAUUUUAUCGCAUCAGAGGGCAAAUAGGGACUGGGAAUUUCUCUCAGGUGAAGCUUGGGAUCCAUUCUCUCACCAAAGAUAAGGUAGCUAUCAAAAUUUUGGAUAAGACAAAAUUAGAUCCGAAGACUCAGCGAUUGCUGUCCCGUGAGAUUUCAAGCAUGGAGAAGCUGCACCACCCAAAUAUCAUCCGGCUGUAUGAGGUGAUGGAGACUUUCUCCAAACUACACCUGGUGAUGGAAUAUGCCAGCGGAGGAGAACUCUUUACUAAGAUCACAACCGAAGGGAAGUUGCCCGAAUUAGAGAGCAAGCUCAUCUUCUCCCAGAUCAUAUCUGCUGUUAAACACAUGCAUGAGAGCAACAUCAUCCACCGGGACCUCAAAGCCGAAAACGUGUUUUACACCAGCAACACUUGCGUGAAAGUGGGAGAUUUUGGAUUCAGCACUGUGAGUAAAAAGGGGGAAAUGCUGGACACUUUCUGCGGCUCUCCUCCUUACGCUGCCCCAGAGCUCUUCAGGGACGUAAGCUACACGGGUGUUUACGUGGACCUCUGGGCCCUGGGAAUCCUCCUGUAUUUCAUCACAACCGGCAUGAUGCCCUUCCGAGCAGAAACUGUGGCCAAACUGAAAAAGUGCAUUCUCGAGGGGACGUACGUCUUCCCACCAUUCCUGUCGGAACUUUGCCAGAAGCUGAUCCGGGGGAUUCUUCAGCCGGUCCCGUCGGAACGCUAUCCCAUCGAGCAUAUGAUGAACAGUGAGUGGAUGAGGGGCGUGCAGCAUCCAAAGCCCCUGGAGCCCUUUAAACUAGACCCAAAGCACUUGUCAGAGACUGGAGUGCUCCGAGAGGAAGAGGCAGAGGUGAAAAACAUCCUGAACAAGCUGGGAAUCACAGAGGAGCACAUUCAAAAUAACCGCGGGAGAGAUUCUCACAGUGCAAUCACAGGGAUCUACAGGAUUAUUUUGCACAGAGUACAGAAGAAAAGGGCCAUGGAGACUGUCCCCAUUAUUGUGGUACCAGAGCCCAAGGACUCAGAGAUAAGGAAAGGCCCUGCUACCUGUCGGGGCCUCAGACAUUCAUCAAAACUCUGCUUGAUUUUAUAAACCCUAGAGCCAGCUUGGCAUUCAGCACACUUUCUGGA